UCACUUUCUCCGCCCAUGGGGGCGGGUCCUCAGGGCCUUCGGUGCUGUGACGUCGGGAAAGACGGGGUCGACCGGUCAGGGUCAGGCCAUUGAAUUCGGCAGUCAAGCGCUCGAUCCCCGGUCUUCCUUCGGCGUCCAGCAGUGUGGCAAGGGUCUCGCGGUCCCCGCGGUCCAGGGCGUGGACAAGAGCCGAGGCGCCCGCGUGAUCUCGGACUGAGGGGUCUGCGCCGUGGGCAAGGAGCAGCGAGGCCACCGCGGCGCCCCCACCCCCGGCGCAAGCGUGCAUGAGCGCCGUGCGCCCUAAGCGGUCUGCGAUGUUGGGGUCCGCGCCUUGCUCCAGGAGAAGCAAACGGGCCAAGCGUAGCUUACCCUGACCCACCGCCCGAAGAAGAGCGUGGCCCUCGGUGUGCAACAUAGCUGCGGCUGGGGCUGUGCGCCCAGAUAGAUACCUGAAUGUCCGCAGAAUCUCCUCCUGGCCAAGAUUGGGGCCGUGGCCACGGGGCAGCCGAGGUGGCGGAGCCAGGCUUCAAGAGGGCGGACUUCCCUCCUCAGCUUCUCCUGCAUUGGCCGAGAAAACUCACCAAUAGGGAGCUCCGGGAGGCGGGCCUAGAACGCCACCGACUUGAGGAAGCCCAGUACAUUUCAAGUUGGCCGCGGCGUGGGCUCCGCGUGGGGGAGGGACAGCAGGUUUUUUCACUGGAUCUCUGAACACCCAGGCCCCCUCCACCAUGGCCAGCCGGGGUGGGGGCCGGGGUCGUGGCCGGGGCCAGUUGACCUUCAACAUGGAGGCCGUGGGCAUUGGGAAAGGGGAUACUUUGCCCCCACCCACCCUGCAGCCUUCUCCACUCUUCCCUCCUUUGGAGUUCCGCCCAGUACCUUUGCCUUCAGGAGAGGAAGGGGAAUAUGUCCUGGCACUGAAGCAGGAGCUACGAGGAGCCAUGAGGCAGCUCCCCUACUUCAUCCGGCCAGCUGUCCCCAAGAGAGAUGUGGAGCGUUAUUCAGACAAAUACCAGAUGUCAGGUCCGAUUGACAAUGCCAUCGAUUGGAACCCUGAUUGGCGGCGUCUACCCCGGGAGCUAAAGAUCCGAGUGCGGAAGCUACAGAAGGAACGGAUUACAAUUCUGCUCCCCAAGAGGCCCCCUAAGACCACAGAAGAUAAGGAGGAAACAAUACAGAAACUAGAGACCCUGGAGAAGAAGGAAGAAGAAGUAACUUCAGAGGAGGAUGAGGAGAAGGAAGAAGAAGAAGAGAAGGAAGAGGAGGAAGAAGAAGAGUAUGAUGAAGAAGAACAUGAAGAGGAAACUGAUUACAUCAUGUCAUAUUUUGACAAUGGAGAGGACUUUGGGGGUGACAGUGAUGACAAUAUGGACGAGGCUAUAUACUGAAGAAGGUCUCUGGACCCUUGUGUCUUUCUUGAGGCUACAGAGAGUAACUGUCCCUGUUAUUUGUUUUUUUGGACAAGCAAAUCAUUUGGUCAGAGUUCACAUAACCUCUCUGGUCCCUGGAGAUGGGAAUGGAGGAUGAUGACAGUUUAUUUUCUACGCUUCCCCUCCUUCCACGUUUGUAUCACCUCUGCUAUCUUGGAGAAAGUGCAAAGGACAAAUAUCUCAAUUGUAUGAAGGGAGAAAGGAGAAUUGAAAGAAGAACUGGGGUUGUUAGAGCUGAGAUAACUGUACACGUACCCCUGCCCAAUUUGUAUAGCUCUUUGUGGAGAUAAUUAAGGAUGGGAGCAGUUUGAAGGAGUAAGCCUGGUUUUAUACUUUUAAAUAAAGUGUUUUUAUCUGUC